CUUAUUUUUUUCCGACAGUAAAAUAUCUUUUGUAACUCGUCCAACCAUUUUUGAGCUAUUCGUAUAUAAUUUGGGGUUUAGGGUUUAAGAGUAGCAUAACUCACUUUUGCUACACUGUCACUUGAACGAACACAACAGUCGAAGGAAACUUCCUACAAUCAAAUCAAAUGCGUGUUUGAAAAGUUUUCCAUGUGGGUUUCAACAAUAAGGUCAGCUUCUUAUAGAUACCUAUUCAAGAACAGCUAUCAAUUUAUUCGACUUAAAUCAGUUUCUUCAGUAGCUCAAUUAAGCCCAUAUUUUUCGGAUUCUAGUUCUGAUGAACAAAAUGGAAAUACCCAAAUGAAAAAUAGUACCAAUAAUAUUGUUGAGGUAAAUUCUUAUUGGGUCACUGAAAUGCUCAACAGUUUAAAGGAAGAGCCUGAAAAUGCUUUAUUAUUUUUUCGUCAAUUAAAAGAAAGUGGAUUUAAACAUGAUGUACAUACUUAUAUGGCUAUGGUUAGGACAUUUUGUUAUUGGGGUAUGGAUAUGAAAUUGGAUUCUUUAUUCGUGGAGGUUAUAAAUUGUGGAAAAAAAGAUUUGGGGUUUGAGGUUUCUGAUUUGUUUGCGGAACUAGUGGAGGGGUUAAAUGCUGAGGGCCCUAAUUCGUUGGUUCAGGCUUUGGAUGGGUUGGUUAAGGCUUACGUGAGUUUAAGGAUGUUUGAUGAAGCUAUUGAUGUGUUGUUCAAGACGAAAAGGUGUGGUUUUGGGCUGAGCGUGUUGUCGUGUAAUUAUCUCAUGAAUCGUCUUGUUGAGUGCGGGAAAGUAGAUAUGGCCGUGGCGGUUUAUAAACAGUUGAGGAGGAUUGCGGUGAAACCCAAUGUGUAUACAUAUGGGAUCGUGAUCAAAGCGUUAUGUAGAAAAGGUAAUUUGGAAGAAGCGGUUGGUGUGUUUGAGGAGAUGGAGAAAGCUGGUGAUACUCCUAAUGAGUUUACUUAUUCUACUUAUAUUGAAGGGCUUUGCUCGUAUGGUCGAUCAGACUUGGCUUAUGAUGUAUUGCGGGCAUGGAAAGGGGCGAAUAUACCCCUUAAUGUCUAUGCUUAUACUGCUGUAAUUCGCGGGUUUGUUAAUGAGAAAAAGUUGCAAGAAGCAGAAAUUGUUCUGCUUGACAUGGAGGAGCAAGAACUGAUCCCUGAUGCCUUUUCUUAUGGGGCUAUAAUUCAUGGUUACUGCGAUACCGGGAAUAUUACUAAAGCUCUGGAUUUCCAUGACAAGAUGGAAGCAAGGGGUAUCAAAAGUAAUUGUGUGAUUGUCAGCUCAAUUCUUCAGUGCUUGUGCAAAAAUGGUAAGGCAUGUUAUGUUGUUGAUCAGUUCAGUAGUUUUAUGAAGCAGGGCAUUUUUCUUGAUGAGGUGGCUUAUAAUGUCGUAAUUGAUGCCCUGUGCCAACUCGGUAGGUUUGAAGAGGCGGUGGAGUUGCUUGAUGAGAUGAAGGGUAAGAGGAUGACACUUGACAUUGUGCAUUACACUACUUUAAUAAAUGGGUAUUGUCUCCAUGGAAAAAUAUUAGAUGCGUUGGAUUUAUUUGAAGAAAUGAAAGAAAAAGGAUUAAAACCGGACAUUAUUACAUAUAAUGUGCUUGCUGGUGGAUUUUCUAGAAAUGGCCUUGUUAAAGAGGCACUUCACCUUUUGGACCAUAUGAAGGGACGAGGGUUGACGCCAACAACUGUCACACAUAAUGUGAUUAUUGAGGGCUUAUGUAUCGGAGGUUACAAAGAGCAGGCUGAAGCAUUUUUUAGUAGUUUGGAGUUUAAAUCUAUAGAAAAUUAUGCUGCCAUGGUGAAUGGGUAUUGUGAAUCAGGCAACACGAAAGAUGCCUAUGAACUUUUUGUUAGGCUAUCAAAACAAGGCAUUUUAAUUAGAAGGAACUCUCGUUUGAAGCUUUUGAGUAGCCUCUGUUUGGAAGGUGAAUAUGGGAAAGCGGUAAAGUUGUUCGAGAUAGUAUUGACUUUAGGUGAUGACACUUGUAAAAUAAUGUACAGUAAACUAAUUGCUUGUUUAUCUAGUGCUGGAGAUAUGAAAAGGGCCAGGUGGGUGUUCGAUAAUAUGGUUUGGAGAGGAUUAACGCCUGACGUGGUUAUUUAUACUAUGAUGUUAAAUGGUUAUUGCAAGGUGAAUCGCUUGCAGGAAGCCGUUAAUCUUUUUGAUGAUAUGAAGGAAAGGGGCAUUUCUCCUGAUGUGAUCACUUACACAGUUAUGCUUGAUGGUCACUCUAAGAAUUUAAAAAGAGAUCGAUUGUCAUCAUAUACAAGGAGGAAUGGCGGAGAAAUCGGGGAAAAUAUAGUUCCUCCAGCUUUUUGGAGUGAAAUGAAGGAGAUGGAAUUAACAGCUGAUGUUAUUUGCUACACUGUUUUGAUUGACAGUCAUUGUAAAUCAGAUAACAUUGAUGAUGCUAUUCGCCUUUUCACUGAAAUGAUUGAUAGAGGUUUAGAACCUGAUAAUGUUACAUACACAGCUCUGAUAUGUGGCUAUUGUAAGCAAGGGCAUGUUGAGAUGGCUAAAGACCUUGUGAAUUAUAUGUGGAGUAAGGGAAUACAACCAGAUAGCCAUACAAUCUCAGCAUUACAUCAUGGUAUCAUAAAGGCCAAAAAGGUGCACCUUAGGCAUAACAAUAACUUGGGAAAACGCUGAGGUGAUUCGAUCCUCAUAGAUGAGUGAUAUUUAUUGGAGCUCUAUUGCACUGCGUAAGUUGUCUAUUAUGGAAAUGCUGAGCUUCAUGCAAGGAUUAUCAGGAAAAUUGCACGAGUAAAUUACAACAGGGAUUGGGGUGCCAAGCAUCAGACCAACAUGAAUCAUUCUGGUCAAUCUAUACCUGUUGGUGGUAUUGCCUAUAAUAUUGCUGCACCAUGAAGCCUGGCUGAUACAAUAGCACAUACUUCCAAUGCUAUAUUAUACUCACUGCUGUCAGCUUGUGCUUUGUUCUUGAAUACUUGGAUCAAGGUUUCAGGAUCAUCAGCCUAUGUUGUAGCUAAGCAGUUAAAGGAAUGGUGAUGCCUGGGUAUCAGAAAUUAAACAUGUACAAAGAGUUAAACCUCUAAGAUAUGGACAGCUGCAGCCUUUGGAGAGUGUGUGGCAUCCCGACUGUGUUGGGUGAUCUGAUGGGAGCAAUUGGUUCAGGGGCUGGAAUUUCUUGGCGGUCGCCAUCAUAUAUCAGUAUUUUGACACAUACAAGAAGGUUUUCUUGGCUUUUAUUUGUUUUCUGUAAUUCAUCUGCUUUGUCUACAUGGAGAACAUCUAUCCGUGCACCCUCCAAAUUCCACAUGCAUCCUUCUGGUCUUCCGCAAGGUCAGAGGUAAGAGACAAAAUAAAAGAUGGUGAAAAUCGUGACACUUUUAGAGGCUGUCAUUUUAUAAACUUUUUUUGUUCUCUUUGAUAGGAUAGAGAAGUAGAAAGAAGAUGCAGUAGCUUAUUUAUUGGUAUACUGCGUGGAAAAUGACGGCAUUCAUUGUUUACCCAUUGUGGUCAUGCAUUGAUAGUUCAAUUUUGAUAUUUGGAAUGUGAGACUUUAAAUUUUAUGCAAGAGUUCGUUUAUCGUAUUUGAUCCUGGUAUAUUUGUUGAUUCAUAAAUUGAUGUUUAGUACCAGCAGAAAUUAGAAAAUAACUGAAAAGAGACUUCAAGAUGAAUGUGCCCUUAUUGCUUAGACAAUGAGGUAUUGGUGAAAUGAAGGAUGAAUUCCAUCUGUUACUACAUAUUAAUUUAGUUCAAUCUUUUUGAGCAUAGUGCAUUUGUUGAAGAAUAUGGAUGUGAAAUGGAUAAAGGGAGUACAUGGCUGAAGACGCUGAAAAUCGAGUCUGGUAACUGCAAUAGAAGUAUGUUUUGUACCUCGGAUCUUCCAAAGAUUUGGCUGAGAGACGAGUUGCAAUCAUUGUUUUGAGAAAGAACAAAGUUUGAUCUCCUUAUAUGCGAUAUCAGGUAGAUUGUAGUUUAUCUGUACAUUCCGAUUUUUUCUAUGUUUUUCAUUUUUUAAUAAAUAAGUGAUUUUAGCCAUCUUAUGAUCCAAAGAAGAAUGAAGAAUACAACAAUAACAACCCCGUAGAGUAAACAUGAGAAAAUUUUCUUUUAGAUUCACUUCUUUGCCGUUGGCUGCUGGGGAAGCCAGUUCUAUGAGGCAAGUCAAUGUGGCCAACUUAAUGAAGGUAGUGUUGAGGAAUUUUCAGUAUUGAUUCUAUUUUCCGCUUUAUUCUUGGGGAUAAAACUAAAAAAGUUGGUUUGUGCAGGGAUGGAAUAUUAUAGUCAUGGAUAUUACCUUUUUCUUUUCGCCUUUGUAUAUUUCUUUGUCUGCUUAGUCAGGGAAAGCCUGUCCAUUUCUCCCCUUUUUUUCUUGUUUGUUUCGCAUGAAGCUCAGGGAUUAAAAACAAUGCAGAAACUUGUUGAAAUUUGACUCCAGUUUUCUUUUUACUGGAUUCUGAUGGAUCAUCUUUAUUGUGAAAAUCCUCCUAUUUCUUUCUUAAUAUCGCUCUAAACACAUUCUUUUAUAGUAUACACUUUAUUAGUAGAAUGAGAUCAUCAAGCAUUAAUUCACUGGAGAUUUCACUGAACUAAUAUUUUUCAAUUAUGACCAGUUCAAAAGAUAUGAGAACCCAAGAGCUUAGACCUGACUCCUCAGAAGAUAGAAUAUGAAUAUGUGCCUUUUGUUUCCCUUUUGGUUUCCAGCAAUAGAAUAGGUGCUGGGUGAUGAACUAAUGUAUCUUUGGUUUAUUUAUAUCAACAUUGUACUAGGUAGGGUGGUCCAUUUGACUAAUUAUGUGUAGUUAUUAACGACUUUCUAAUCCUACGUUGAUAAGCAUUGUGUUUUAGGCAUGUGUUUUAUAUCUUUUGGUGGUGGAAGCAUUUUAAGUAGGAGCGAAGUGUUCUUUUUAUUUUUAAUUUUAACCUCUGAAGAAGUCAAUUAGUUCACUGAUUUCUUGCCAAAUGACAGUGAAUUAUCCUUGAUAGAGGAAUCUUUUCAGUAAGAUCAUGUGAUUGAUAGCGAACAAUCUUUGUUGAAGAAGAUAAUCGUUCUUGCUAAAAAGAGAGGGAAUCAAACCGGUAAUCAGGCACAGCUUCAGGGAGAUUAAUGCAGUAGCAGAUAAUCUAGGUAAGGAAGGAAAGAAGCGAGCAUGUUUUGAUUAUGUUAGCUAUCUAGCCACCUCAUCCCCUACUACCCUUCAGUUACUAGAAAGGGAUAAAAGCAAGACUGUUUUUGUUAGAAAAGCCUCGACUGAGGUUUGUAAUUUUUUUAGCUCGCUUUGGGAACAUCUACGCUCUUAGGAGCGCUACUUGUUGCGAUGCUACUUAGUUAUUAGUAAUAUAUUUGCUGUUUUUACAAAAAAAAAUAUUCUGGAUAAGGAAUAAUUUCUUUUUGGUACUCA